AUGAAUAAGGUGACUUUGUUAAACCAACAGAGUAAGGGAGUCAAUACUCUCUGGUUGUAUCUUUUUUUUUUUUUUUUUUUUGUACAAAUGGCCGCCUUUGGCAAUGUCUACACCCACUUUUUUUUAGAAUCGCGUAAUUUUUCUUUUUUUUCUUCCAUACUUUCGACCAUUAGCGGAUCGCAUAACCUUGUGUCAACGACAAUCUCGCCCUAUUUUCUGCCCUAUCCUUUAAAGAGACGUUUUUUGAAACAACACAAGUCAUUAUAACUUUUCACAAUAUGUAUGACUUUCCUCUGAAAUUAUAGUGCGAUCCAUGAAUA